UUCAUUAUAUUUGCUUAAAUUGCCAACGGUUCGAUUUGCAUAUUUGGUUUUUCAAAAUAGCUUUGUGGUUUUAAUGAUCACUGCAUAUAGAAAAGACCUUACAGCUAUCACCAUAAAUCCUGGGACAAUUGAAAAAUUGCCAAUGACCGAAUCGACAAGUUACCGA